GGACACUGAUGAACCGAACCUCUAGAAAACGACCUCUGGUUUCAUUUCUUUACGUCUAUAUUUGUGUUUAUUUAUUUCCACGUGGUUGUGGGUGUCGAUGGCUGAAGCUCGGCGUGAAGAGGAGCAGGAGGGGGAGCGCAGAGACCUGCGGGACGUCCGGACCAGAAACCAAACAACAGAUCUUCCUGAAAGAACCAAGUCGGAUCAUUUGCACUCUAGCCAAGGACCUCUGUCUUCUAUACGAGCUGCCAUCAAACGAACAAAAUCCAACUCCCAGAGUGACAACACCAGAGAAAGAAGGCGACCGGAGAUCACCAUCGUCUCAGCAGAACCUCUGGCCAGUAACAACUGGUUCCCAGGAACCACUGUGGUUUUCCCUCCUCCUCCUCCUCCUCAGUCUGGCUGGACAGCAGGCAUCCAGGCUGUUUCCCAGCCCCCACCAUCCUAUGACCAGGUGAUUCAAGAGAAGACCCAGGAAGAGCACACCGUCAAGCCCACUGCAGCCCCCCGCCGGACCACCUGCACUGCCACAAGUGCCACACAGACUGAUCCUGUGACCUCUACCGCUGUCCCACAGUCAGCAGGGAAAAGACCCGCUGGUAGAAAGCCAAAAAAACCACCGAGGCCAUCACUGCCAAAACCAAAGGACAGAGAACCGGCAGCUGAAACACCAUCAGAUGAAAAAGCUGGCACAAAUCCUGCAGCAUCCACAAACGCUGAGCACCGAGAUGAGUCCGAGUCAGAUGUAAAGCCACCCAACCAAGCAGAUUCCUCCCACACGUGCACGAGAUCUGUCACCGUACACUGGGAUGUUCCUACAAAACACCUUUCUCCCGCUGCUGCUGAAACUAUUCCCGCCUCCUCAGAAACAGAACGCGUUCAGUGCCCCGUUCCGCUUCCUCGUAUAAAAUCCCGAAGGCCGGCGAUCCCGGAGGAGGUCAGAGUUCAGACCUUGGUCUCGCUCAGUGAAAACUGUGAGGACACUGAUCCAGAGGAGGUCCCAUCAAAUCAGUAUUUGAAGGAUUUAUUGGAGGUAUUUGGCGGCGAUAACGGGUGUGAAGAGAACUGUGACGCUGUUGACCAAUCAGACGAGGCCUUACAAGGCGAAGAUGCUGGCGGCGAGAUGAGUACUAGCCACAGUCAACGCAAUAUCCGGGCCAGGAUCCAGGCCUUUGAGAGCCAGGCUGAGGAGGCUGAACCGGUCAAACCACAACCCCAACCCCAGCCCAGGAGGGCUUCCAUCAAACCUCCAGUCGCUGCUAAACCUUCGGUAGCUCUUAAACCACAGUUCAACCACAGUAUAGAUGAUGACAGUCAAAACGUCUCAUCCACAAACAUCCCCCAAAUCCCCACGCUGGCCCCCAGACCUCAGCCCCCUCAGCCCCCCAAGAAACCCGUGGGACUAUCCAUAAAAGACGAACUAGAGACUCUACACAACAAACAGGCCACCCCGAACAGAUCACGCCCUUCUGUAUUGACCAGAGCCAAUGCCAUAUAUGAAGAGGAUGCUUCACCCGUUCCCCCCGUACCUCCGGUGAAGCCCGCUAAGGAACCCCUGAAACCAAACCUCAACAUAAACAACCACAACUCAGCCUCCGUGUUCAGAGAGAAUGAGUACGUGAGCAGUUCAACAAAAAACAUCCCGGUCAAGCCUCAGCACAGUGUGGACAGUAACGGAGGCUCCUUCACCAGACAAAGUUUAACACGGAGACCGACUACUAUCAGGGUCCCCAGCAAAACCGAUUCAGUGUCAGAUAAUUUUCACGACGGCCCGCCUCCGCUCCCUGCUCAGAAGCCCGUGGGCCUCCUGAACGCCUCAGUGAACCACAAACAAAACCAGACACCUGUCCUCCCCCUCCAGGAGUCUUUCCAGUCUGGACCGGAGCCAUCACUACCACCUCGGAGGCUGACGACAAGCAAAACCCUUCCACCCCGCCCACCUCCAGCCAAACCGGGCCCGGGAAGACCUCCCCCGCCCAGCCUGCAGGCCACGGGUCGAUCCCACUCGGCAUCAUGGGAGACUUCGCCGAAACCCCAGGCACAGAAGCCCCACAGGAAAGGACCCGUCUUACCUCCGAGGCCCAACCCAGGCCACCGUCUCUACAACAAGUACACCCUUCAGCUUUCUCAUGGGAUUGCUGCCACCGACUACAAUGGGAGCAAUACAGGAGAACUCUCUUUUCAGAAAAAUGAAGUGCUCCUGCUGCUGGAGGAGAUCGACCACAAUGUGUUUGAGUGCCAAGUCGGAGAAACCCGAGGCAGAGUCCACAAGUCUCGCAUCAAGGUCAUAACUCCUCUGGACUCCGACUUGAGCAUGUCCCCGCCACAGGGUGCCAGUACAGCUGGGUCAGACGGAGGUGGUUAUGGCUCUAAGGUGCAGGCCAUGUAUGACUUCACACCAGAGGGUCCAGGAGAGUUGGGUCUGCGAGCAGGAGACGUCGUGACCUCGGUGGAGCAGGUGGACAGUGAGUGGUACAGAGGCACCUGCAGAGGAUCCACUGGCUUCUUUCCUGGCAACUACGUCAAAGUCCUGUCAAAUUCACCGAAACCCCUCCCCGAACGGAAAGCGAAGCCGCCGCCUGCAUCAGUCAGUGGCCCACGAUGUGUGGCGAGGUUUGACUUCGAGGGGGAGCACGGUGAUGAGCUGUCGUUCUCCGAGGGGGAUGUGAUCCAGCUGAAGGCAUACGUUGGAGACGAGUGGGCUCGCGGGCAGGUCGGCGCCGUUACUGGCAUCUUCCCCCUUAACUUUGUAGAGGUGAUUGAAGAUCUGCCCCCACCGCCGAGUCAACAGUCCACCAGGACACAGUCCACCAGGACUCAGCCCACCAGGACACAGUCCACCAGGACUCAGCCCACCAGGACACAGUCCACCAGGACUCAGCCCACCAGGACACAGUCCACCAGGAUAGCACUGCCUGGCAUGGUUGCCUCUCCAGGUUCAGCCCCUGAAGCUGCCAAACCUGCACAGGUGUCUCAGUCCGCGGUGGAGUGGGUGGUGGCUCUGUACGACUUUGUGGGGAAUUCAGACGGUGACCUGUCCUUUCAACAAGGCGACCGCAUCCUGAUCAGCCAGCACAUCGACGCCGACUGGAGCCGCGGCCGGCUCAACGGCAGGGAGGGCAUGUUCCCCAGAGCUUUUGUUGAGAGCUGCACAGGCCAGCUGUCAUCGAACAACCAGCUGAAUGAUACUGUUGGUGGCAGCAGAGGGAGGGCUAUGUAUGACUUCACCUCAGACUGUGAUGAAGAGCUCUCUCUGAAGACUGGGGACAUUAUAACCGGUCUGGAGUCCAUCGAUGAAGAGUGGUUCCUGGGUGACUUGAGAGGAAAACGGGCCCUUGUGCCAAAGAACUAUGUGCAAGUACUGUGAUAGUCAUGUGGCAGAACAGAAGAGACACUGAUGGAUGACUGGAACUGAAGAGACAUCUGAAGGCAGAGGGUUUUUUUUUUAACGGAGGAAAUCUGAAGUGAACUCUCAAACUGGAAUGCAGUAUUUCAUCUCCAAGUAGUGCAACAUCUUUUUUAUUUUGUCUGCUGCAUUAACUUGAAAUUAAAUGUACACUGAAUAAUUUAUCAUGGUUAUAAAUAAAUGCUAUAAAAGGUGGAUGGCAAUUUCA